AGGUGAUGUGUCCAUCCCUGAAAUGGUUGACCCUGCCAACAGGACAGCAUGGAUCACAGGCAAAGUGGACUUGGCCAAGAGGCAGUUUAUGGAUGGCAUCAACAUAGACAUUGAGCAAGAGGUGGCCGACUCCUCCCCAGAGUACUACGCCUUGACAGCACUCGUCAAAGAGACCACUGAGGCCUUUCAUAGAGAGAUCCCAGGUUCCCAGGUGAAUACAAUAGUGUAUCCGAGUCAUACCAGACCAAUAACUUGGUGUAAGAGAUAUGUUGGCAUGUAGGCUAAUUACGCUCCGAAUUCACAAAUGAAAGCAGGUCAUAUACAACAUUUUGGUUAAAAGUAAAUUGAUUAAUCCAACCUUACAAUCUGCAUACCUAAGCUUUUUUGGGUGUCACAACUGAAAACACUCAUCAGGCACCAAACAGAAGAAAAUGAACUGAAACAGGGAGGGACUACAUUAAACAGUCCAAUAAUACUACAGUGUGCCCUAAUGCAGGGGUUUUCAAACCUCUCCUCGGGGACACCCAGCCAUUCCAUGUAUUUGAGCUAUUCCAGAGCUAGCACACCUGAUUCAACUUGUCAACUAAUUAUCAAACCUUUGAUUAGGUUUAUCAGAUGAGCUAGUUCAGGGCUACAACAAUAGUGUGGAAUAUCUGGGGGUCCCAGAGGAGAGAUUUGAAAACCACUGCCCUAAUGAAUAGCUUCCUCCGUGCCCUUAACUUAUCCUCUUCUCCUGACUCUUUCUCAGGUGUCAUUUGAUGUUGCCUGGUCGCCCAAGUGUAUAGACAGGCGCUGCUACGACUACGCCGCCAUUGCCGAGUCCUGCGACUUGCUAUUUGUGAUGUCCUAUGACGAGCAGAGUCAGAUAUGGGGCAACUGUGUUGCGAUGGCGAACGCCCCAUUCAAUCAGACACUGACAGGUAAGUCAUCUGUUGAGAAGGACCUCUAUAAGCCCAAACCAGAAGCCAUUUUAUUGCAGUUAUUUGACUUAAAGCAAAAAGCUACAGAUCCCUAGCCACUACUUGUCAUGCUGAAUAUACUAAUGCUAACCUGCCAUGGCUUUCUGUCUUUUAUUCCAGCGUACGACCAAUAUUUGGCGAUGAAGAUGGAUCCAAAGAAGCUUGUGAUGGGAGUACCAUGGUAUGGCUAUGAUUACCCUUGUCUCGACUUCUCCCAGGUGAAUACCCUAUGAAUAUAGUUAGUAAUAAAACAAUACAUUUGAUUUAUAACACGCUUUUCAUUGAAAGACAAUCGCGAAGUGCUCCAGUGAGUGCAUAGAAAAAUGUACAUUAUAGUUGUUAGACAGUGUAUUGCUAUUAUAUAAUGUUAUCCUGCUGCAAUGUUCCCUCUAAGCUGAGUGCAGCUCCCCCAUGACUGCCACGCAUAAGAAAUACCAGCCCGUGCAGAGACGCACUUUACUAGAGUGUAUGCCUUGUUAGUUUACACUAUCAAUGUUUCCCUCUACUGUGGGAAUUGUGAUCGAAUCAACAUAUUAGCCAUUUUCAAUGCAACAUACCGAAACAAAUCUAACUAUGCAAGACAGUCUGUGAUUUUGUUUUAGGCAGAGCGCAUCAACUGAGGAUUCUAUUGCAUUCACAGGCACGAGCGAUCGCGAAUAGAUGCACUUGUUUUGAGAUCAGAGCCGCAUGUAGCCAUGUGUGCACAUUUGUUCAUAUUCUUUACUAGUUAGUGAGUUAUUAGCCCAGGUGUAGCUUAUUUCUGGUCAGCAAUGGGGGAGUGAUUACUUCCUACAAGAGCACAAAACAUGUACAUUUCUUGCCAUCUUUAAAAGAGUCAGGUAAAGAGCUUUUUUUAUGUCUUAAAGGGGCAGUGUUGUAUUUUGAGACAGGCUUGAAUAAGCUAAGAAGCCAAUAGGCAGAGGGUAGCAUACAUUUUGUCAGGAUGUUUUCUGAAGUCUCAUGGAAUGGAGGCCUACAUUGAACACAUAUUGGAUGUUACUGUAGGCUGUAUCAUGGAACAGCUAUUUCAAUAGCUAUUUCCAUGUUAAAAUGUUAUGGGAUGCAUUUUUGCCAUUGUUUUUGUUGAUAGGCCAUUCUGGUAGGCCUACAUUAUGAUCAAAUAGCCACAGUAGCCUACUUGGCCACUGUUAAAACUUUAACUUAAAGCAGGUACAGCCUCAGUGUUCACAGUAAACACGUACCAGAAGUUGUACAAAAUUCUUACAACUUUCAAGUUUGCGCUUACAGUGCCCUCAAAGUAUUCACACCCCUUGACUUUUCCACAUUUUGUUACAACCUGAAUUUAAAAUGAAUUAAAUAGUUUUUUUUGGUCACUGGCCUACACACACAACCUCAUAAUGUCAAAGUGGAAUUACAGUGCAAUCGCAAAUUAUUCAGACCCCUUCCCUUUUCCAACAUUGUUAGGUUACAGCCUUAUUCUAAAAUGGAUUAAAUAAACAAAUCGACACACAAUACCCCAUAAUGACAAAGCGAAAACAGGUUUUUAGAAAUGUUAGCAAAUGUAUUACAAAUAAAAAACAGAUACAUAAGUAUUCAGACCCUUUGCUAUGAGACUUGAAAUUGAGCUCCAGUGCAUCCUGUUUCCAUUGAUCAUCCUUGAUGUUUCUACAACUUGAUUGGAGUCCACCUGUGGUAAAUUCAAUUGUUUGGACAUGAUUUGGAAAGGCACACACCUGUCUAAAUGAAGUCUCACAGUUGACAGUGCAUGUCAGAGCAAAAACCAAGCCAUGGGGUCGAAGGAAUUGUCCGUAGAGCUCCGAGACAGGAUUGUGUCGGGUCACAGAACUGGGGAAGGGUACCAAAACAUUUCUGCAGCAUUGAAGGUCCCCAAGAACACAGUGGCCUUCAUCAUUGUUAAAUGGAAGAAGUUUGGAACCACCAAGACUCUUCCUAGAGCUGGCUGCCUGGCCAAACUGAGCAAUCGGGGGAGCUGGUCACUCUGACAGAGCUCCAGAGUUUCUCUGUGGAGAUGGUUGUCCUUCUGGAAGGUUCUCCCAUCUCUGCAGCACUCCACCAAUCAGGCUUUUAUGGUAGAGUGGCCAGACGGAAGCAACUCCUCAGUAAAAGGCACAUGACAGCCCGCUUGGAGUUUGCCAAAAGGCUCCUAAAGGACUCUGUCCAUGAAAAACAAGAUUCUCUGGAAACCUGGCACCAUCCCUACGGUGAAGCAUGGUGGUGGCAGCGUCGUGCUGUUGGGUUGUUUUUCAGUGGCAGGGACUGGGAGACUAGUCAGGCUCGAGGAAAGAUUAAAACCUGCUCCAGGGCGCUCAGACUGCGGCGAAGGUUCACCUUCCAAAAGGACAACGACCCUAAUCAUACAGCCAAGACAACGCAGGAGUGGCUUCGGGACAAGUCUCUGAAUGUCCUCGAGUGGCCCAGCCAGAGCUCCGACUUGAACCCGAUCAAACAUCUCUGGAGAGACCUGAAAAACAGCUGUGCAGCGACGCUCCCCAUCCAACCUGACAGAGCUAGAGAGGAUCUGCAGAGAAGAAUGGGAGAAACUCCCCAAAUACAGGUGUGCCAUACUUGUAGCGCCAUACCCAAGAAGACUUGAGGCUGUAAUCGCUGACAAAGGUGCUUCAACAAAGUACUGAAUACUUACAUAAAUGUGAUAUUUCCAUGUUUUAUUUGUAAUAAGUUUUCUAACAUUUUGUUUAGUCAUUAUGAGGUAUUGUGUGUAGAUUGAUGAGGGAAAAAACUAUCCAUUUUAGAAUAAUGCUGUAACGUAACAAAGUGGAUAAAGUCAACGGGUCUGAAUACUUCCUGAAUGCACUGUAUGUUCAGGAGCGAAAAUGUGCUUAACAAGUCACAGUGAAUUUCAAACACAGAUUCAACCUCGCAAAGAAUUGUACCUAUUGGUAGAUAGGUUUUAAUGUUUUACUUUUUUUAAGCAGACAUUGAAUAUCUCUUUGAGCAUGGUGAAGUUAUUAAUAACGCUUUCGAUGGUGUAUCAAUACACCGAUAGUGCCGGAGAGGAAGGAAACCGCUCAGCGAUUUCAUCAUGAGGCCAAUGGUGACUUUAAAACAGUUACCGAGUUUAAUGGCUGUAAUAGGAGAAAACUGAGAAUGGAUCAACAACAUUGUAGUUACUCACUCCACAAUACUAACCUAAUUUACAGAGUGAAAAGAAGGAAGCAUCUACAGAAGAAAAAUAUUCCAAAAUAUGCAUCCUGUUUGCAACAAGGCACUACCAUAAAACUGCCAAAAAUGUGUCUAACAAAUUAACUUUGUGUCCUGAAUGCAAAGCGUUAUGUUUGGGUCAAAUCCAACAUACUGUAACACAUCACUGAGUACCACUCAUCAUAUUUUCAAGAAUGGUGGUGUCUGCAUGUUAUGGGUAUGCUUUUCAUCGGCAAGGACUAGGGAGUUUUAUAAUAAAAAAUAAACGGAAUAGAGCUAAGCACAGGCAGAAUCCUAGAGGAAAACCUGGUUCAUUCUGCUUUCUAACACACUGGGAGACAAAUUAACCUUUCAGCAGGACAAUAACUUGACCAAGUUGCUUACCAAGACGACAUUGAAUGUUCCUGAGUAGCCUGGUUACAGUUGACUUAAAUCGGCUUGAAAAUCUAUGGCAAGACUUAAAUGGCUGUCUAGCAAUAAUCAUCAACCAAUUUGACAGCGCUUUAAAUUAGAGAGAACAUUGUCCUGCUGUAUCUCUAAACUAUGUGUGUCUUUUUCUCUAAUUAGGAAGGGGUGUGCUCCUUAGCCAAGGUUCCGUUCCGGGGCGCGCCUUGUAGCGAUGCAGCUGGCCGUCAGAUCCCUUACAGCUUUAUGAUGAAACAGAUCAACGGCUCUAUGUCUGGGAGGCUGUGGGACGAGGUCCAGCUGGCUCCCUACUACAACUACAAGGUAUGGAGACACAUUGUAUAGAACGUGUAUAGAAAGAGUAAGAGUAGCCUAAGCCCAUUUGUCUGGGCUGCUGGUGACAAGUGACAACUCAACACAAGCUGCAGCCAUUUCGGGGAAAAGGCUAUUUGACUGCAGUGCCGUUAGAUUGAACUAACACAGUCACCUCACAACAAAUCGCUUCCUCCAAAUCCAAUAAAACACUCUGGCUCAAGUUGAACUCUCGCCAAGGCUGCAUUAUCUUCCUCGUUAACCGAGUAUGUGAACUGAAAUAUCAUCCGCAGGACCAAAGGGGACAGAUCCAUCAGGUGUGGUACGACGACCCAGAAAGCAUUUCCCUGAAGGUGGCCUAUGUACGAGACCUGGGCCUGAAGGGCACGGGCAUGUGGUGCGGCAACCUCCUGGACUACAGCAACAACCCUGUUGCCCAGGAACAGAGUCGAGACAUGUGGAAUGCCCUCAUGGGUUGCCAAGACGCUCCGUGCUGAGAGACUGCCUUUCCCCCGGAUCCCACAGCUAUUUGUUGCUAAGUCAAUAGAUGCUUUUGUCUGAGGACAGAAGUGGGACGGAGGAACCAUAAAGUGUCUUCCUCUUGAACUCAGGGAUACGUACUUGCACUUCUAUUUCAUUUUUUUAUUUUUUUUUAUUGCAAUUGUAAAAACAUGAGCCACUUUAACAGGGGGGAUAUGUUUUGUACUAAGAUUCAUGCCAUCACAGAUUCACUCAAAAUGGUUGAUUGUCAAACACAGCGUUGUGCCACUGUCUGAAUCUCACAAAACAAAUUUGGCUUUGCAGAAUAAAUACUAUAGGCCAGUAGACUUUUUAAAACACAUAACCCCUACUAACAACACUUAACUGUUGUACUUGUAUUUUCUUUUACUCUCACGAACACUGAUUUUGCAGAUAGCGGUUUUACUUGCAAUGAUCGGGAUAUGUGGUUGUUUUACCUACUUUAGAUGAAUGCAGUCACUUUCAAUAAGAGCUGCUAAGAUUAAAAUGUGAUGUAAAUGUUUACGCUUCAGAAAUAGUCCAUCCUAAAACCGCUGUGACUUCUGAAGAAAAUUCCAUCAUGAAACAGUUACGGAAUUUCUUAAGCCCUUAUUCAUGGUGAAUACUGUUGCUUUGAUACUGUACAAAUAUUUGUUUUCAUACUUAAGAUUUUAAGAUGGUAGUAUCAACACAGGUAAAUUAUAAAAUAAGAUCCUCCUCGCUGCAACUGGGACACGACAGUUUACCAAACAACAAACACAAUUGUUUGUAUUAAACUGUGAAAUCAUGGCUUUCACAUGAUAUGCAUUGCAAAUAGACAUCACAAUUUUAAAUGUGACCUUUAAAAAAUAUAUCAUUUGGAAUAAGCAAAAAGCAAACAUUGUCUUUUGGAAUAAGGCCACUGUGGUACUGGUAGAUGUGGCUCAGUUAGGGAUGCUUUGAGCCUGUGGUCUGUCCCAUGCUCCUGCUCCAAAGCCCAUGGAUCCAGAGAGAGAUGUCUGGGUCUUCUUCUGGGCCAGCUCAGCCUUCAAGGCUCUCAGCUCUGUGGCAGCCUGCUUCCUGAGCUAGAAGGAAAUAAACAAGGAAGUACAUCAAUGAGAAAACAUUGAGCACUGUCUGUCCAGCAAAGCUCUCCACCUCCUGCCCAAGCCCCAUGUAAAAGUUGAUAACAGACAUUUCUGCCUUCUUCUCACAAGAUCAAAUAUUUUUCAACUGAGGCCUUAAAUAACAUACUGUAGUUUUUCCCCAUGAGAUAAACAGGGAUGGAAAAAUAAAGGAGAAUUGUAUUUACAUUUGUAGAGUUAUGAGGGAGUCAAAUUCCAAUAAAUAUUAUUUUAAUACCUUGAUCUCUGUGACAAGCUUCAUCUUGGCAUCAUCCACCUUCCUCCUUAGGUUGUCAAUCUCAUGGCUCUCUGUCAUUAUCUGGAUAAUGAGCUCAUUCUGAACAUGGUGGAAAAAGUACC